GUUCUAUUCAUUUAUUUAUCAUAUGGUGUGGAUCCUUGAUUCGUUUUUCUCGAAAUGCUCUCGUUGUGCCCACCUCCCUUCUCGAACCUGCAAUGUAAAUGCACUUUAUUUGCCAAGGAGUUUGAUUAGAUCAAGCUCUGCUGUUGCAUUCCAAAGGACUCUGAUUGGAAGAUACUUGCUGUUGGAUUUCCAAAAAAAAAGUUUCCAGCGGUCUUUACUAUUGGUUGCCAUCCCAAACAGUACCAAGAGAUUCUUAGGCAGCAAGAUAAACACCCUUCUCUUCUUCUAUAUACUCUCGGGAAUUAUCCAUUCCCAAGGAAAGCCAUUCUUUUCAGUGUUUACAAUUCUCCAUUCUCAAAUUCCUUCUAUCAUCAAUAACCCUUUUACUUCGAAAUGUCAGACGACGCUCGCAAAUCUCCCAAGUUCUCUUGGGACUACGAUAUUCCUAACGAUGCUUUCUGGAACAGUAUCGAGUACAGUGCAGCAAGGAAUUUCCUGCAAUGCUACAAGGAGUCCGAAAUAUCCAAGAUGCAUUUCGACAACAAGCUUUCUCUCCCGGCAAAGUACAAGUUGAUGCGUCAAUACCUAGAUAAGACAUUCAAAGAGAAGGAAGAGGAAGUAGCACCUGCUCCUCUCCUCGAUGCCAACUACCCAGUGUGGUUGCAGUUGAAGCUAGCUAUGAGCACGAUGGAAUAUUACCUUGAAGACUACAACGAGCAGGAACGUCUUGCGAGAGAAAUGUACGAGUGUGCACCGAAUGACAAUAAGAAGAUGAGUGCUCUGCAUCAGUUGAGCGGCAUCUUGGAGAAGACAAAGAGAUACGCAGACGCGGAGAGGAUGGCGAAGAAAGUUCUGCCUUGGCUGCAGGGACAUGAGCUACUGGGCAAAGAUAGUCCACAAGCAUUGAGUUGUGUGAGGACCAUUGCUUCGAGUAUCUGGAAGCAGAAGAAGUAUAAGGAGGGUGGUGAGUGGAUGGAUCAGUAUGGGAUGUUGGUUGGUUCUAUGAAGGAUGGGAAGUUUGAGAAGUAUCGGGAUACGGAGAUGAAGUUGUAUGUGGAGGCGAAACGAGCAUUGUGGGAAUGGAGAAGGGAGCAGGGUGAUGCAUGAAGAUAUACUGAUUUGAAUUUGGAUCCUGUUACGAUGUCUUUGAGGUAAGGGAUUGCAAGUCAUGACAAAGUCUGAACGCCAUUGUCGUUAGUUUGCACUCGGGUCCAAACACGCAAAGUAUUUGAAUUUCUCCAACU